GCUAAUGGGCCAAAAGCCCAUUACAACUCAUCUGCACUGGCGCGAGUUACCCUCCGCCAUCCGCCCUGCAACUUCACUUCUUCCUUCAACUUCAACUAUAUUUUUACUCUGCAAAAAACUGAAACAUCCUCCGUAACCGCCAUUAACAGUCGUCUGAUCGUUCAAAUGGACGCUUUGUUCGAUUCAAUCAACGUCCGAGACCUCCUCUCCACCGGCGACCUGACGGACUCUACCACUCCGCUCUCCGCCCCCGAUCUCCGCCUCCUUAUAACCAGGCUUGAGUCUCAUUCUCUUCAAAUCAAGUCCAGAGUCCAGUCUUACCUCAUUUCUCACCACAGCGAUUUCUCCUCUCUCUUCUCCCUAUGUAACGGCGCCGUUUCGCAGACUAAUCAAAUCAAUGAGAAGAUAUCGGAUCUGAUAGGUUUGCUUUCUGAUUCUCCUAUUGAUGUUGAGAUUAAAGAGAUCGUUGAGGAGGCGAGUGCGAAAAUGAGGGAGGCGAGGGUUAAGAGGGAAUUGUUGGAGUUGGUGAGGGCAAUUGUUGGAAUUAGCGAGAGAUUGAGAGAUGCAAGAGAGGCAAUAAAAAAUGGACGGAUGAGAUUUGCUGCUGAAGAAGUGAGGGACUUGAAGAAGGCAUUGAGAAUUGGUGAUGAGAUUAUACAAGAGCUGCUUGUGAGGUUCAUGGAAAAUGCAGUGCGGUUUGAGCCUGAUUCUGGUGGGAUCCGAGUCAAGUAUGACUUAUGCAUUGAUGGAGUUGUUGGGGUUGACCUUUACACAGUUCUGGAAGCAUUGGAAGUGAUUGGAAUUUUGGAUUAUGGACUUGCUAAAGUAGCUGACCAAACGAUCAAGUUUGUUAUUACUCCUGCUGUAAAUUCCAAAUCGUCUGUUUCCUUCAUAGAAGAUUCAGAAAAAGUCUCAAAAGAAAAGGCUGAGGCAAUGUUGAAGAUGGUAGUGAUGUCCGAUCAUAAGAUGGAAGAUGUGGAUGGUGAGAACAUGUAUUCGGCGAUUGUUCAGGUGGUAAAGUUUAUUUGUGAACGUAUAUGCUUCCAAAAUGCUUCUUGGAUUCGAUGUUUUGGAAGAUUGACAUGGCCUAGGAUAUCCGAGUUGAUUAUUUCGAACUUCCUCUCCAAGGCUGUUCCUCAAGAUGCUUCAAAGCUUGCUGACUUUCAGAAGAUCAUCAAACACACAUCGGAUUUUGAGACUGAUUUAAAAGGAAUGAAAUUUAUCUCUGCAUCUGAUAGCGCAGAUCAAAAGUUGAGCAGUUUUGCUGAAAAUGUUGAGAUUCACUUUGCAACUAGAAAGAAGACGGAAAUAUUGGCAAAAGCUAGAAAUUUGCUUCUACAGUGUGACUUUGCCAUUCCACAGGAGCACACAAGAAAAGGUCUUCCAAUAAAGAAUACUGGAAUUGCUGUAGAUUCUCCUGAGCAUGUCGUUGACUUGCUUUUUCUAUCUGAGAGGUGUGUGGUGUCCGAAGGAGCUUCCCAACUAAUGGAGCUAGUGCAUAAGACCCUUAAGGACAUUUGCUUGUCAUCUCCAAGAGUUGCAUUGGAAUUCUACCAUGCUGCAAGGGAUGCUAUACUUCUCUAUGAGGCUGUGAUUCCUGUCAAGCUAGAGAGGCAGCUUGAUAGCAUCAACCAGGCUGCUGUUCUGAUGCACAAUGACUGUCUUUAUAUAUCUCAAGAGAUACUUGGACUGGCAUUUGAGUAUAGGUCAGACUUCCCAGAUAGUAUUAAAGAACACACUGUUUUUGCUGACAUGGCUCCAAGAUUUCAUGUAAUGGCACAGGAGAUACUGCAUAGACAAAUCCGACUUGUUAUUUUUAACUUGAAAGAGGCCAUAGAUAAUGCUGAUGGUUUUCAGAAUACUCAUCAAAUGCAGCAAUUUGAAUCUGCAAAGUUUAGCAUAGAUCAGGUGGUUUUUAUACUUGAAAAAGUACGUCUCAUAUGGGAGCCACUCCUGCUGCCUUCCAUUUACAAGAAUGGGAUGUGUAUGGUUCUAGAGUCAGUUUUCUCUAGAAUUGUCAAAGAUAUACUCCUUCUAGAUGAUAUGGCAGCUGAUGAAACAUUACAGCUUCAAAGACUCAUAUAUUUGAUGCUGGAAAGCCUAAAUUCUUUGAUGGAGUCCUUGAUUGCUGUCAUCCAAAAGGAGAAGUCAGAAGGAUAUUCUAGAUUUCCUCUUGAUGAUGUUGUACCUUCUUUAUGUAAAAUCCGCAAACUUGCUGAACUUCUAGACAUGCCUUUAAAAUCAAUAUCGGCAGCUUGGGAAAGUGGGGAGCUCCUCAGCUGUGGUUUUACAGUGUCAGAGGUGGAAGAUUUCAUUAAAGCCAUAUUUACUGAUUCACCUCUGCGAAAAGAAUGCUUAUGGAGGAUAGAAAAUGUCGGCAUAUAAAAAUUACUUGCAGCUUUUUUGUGGGGGAAAACAGCCAAAGUUAAUCUCUCAAACAUCGAUUGAUUUCGCUAUCCAAUCAACAGAGCUAGAUUUACAGAAUGUACAUUUUUCCCCCCUUUAUAUAUACGCUUGGAAGAGAGGAAAAAGCUGGAAAUUUGAGUUAGGAAGCACCGAGUUUUUCUCUUUUAAGUUGUAGAACUAAUUAAUCUGCAGCAGAUGCUUUGUACAUGUAUACUUAACCUCAGCAUUUGGAUGAGGGAUUUGAAUAGGAAGGAGUUGAGAAUUUUUGAUGGAAAUUAAUUUGUUGGUUUGAUUAGAGAUAUGUUGGAUUCACGGA